AUGUCAUUGACCACCAAUGUCGAUGUGUUUAAGCCCCCCCGCAGAGGGUAUUACUGGAGCUAUUACAUCAUCACAAGUUCUCAAGAGCUAGAGUCCGCCCUGGCGCACCCUCUAGCGCAAACUUAUCCGGUGGUGCUCAUGUUCUGGGCGAGCUGGAACGAGCCAUGCAGGGUGAUGAUGAGACCCUUCAGGGCCAUGGCCGUGGCUAAGAGGAGGGCCGCCAUAUUCUGCCAGGUGGACGUCGACAAGUUCAAAGAUAUCGUGGAGCGGUACCGAGUGGAGGCGCUGCCGACAUUCCUGUUGCUCAAGCAAGGCAUGGAGAAGGGCAGGGUCGUCGGCGCCAAGGUCGGGGACCUCAGCACCAUCAUCAUGGCCAACAUAUAAAUGAUACAGUAACUGGUACUAGCUAGAUACGAUCUGUCGACUGAUGGAUGUUCCAUCAGCCGGCCUUUCCGUCAGGUAUAUUAUUGAUGAAUGAACAAUUGAGAUAUGUAUCGAUUCAUCUCGUCGGGAAUCUCUUAAACAGCCCUGCGGCACUCCGUCGGUCUGGGAAACUACUGUGCACAGGACAUAUAGGGUGAACUACCAUUGCACGAUGCUCCAUCUUAGCGGUUUGCAAACAGCUUGUUGCCAUGCAUGGAUGGCUUCACUGGAUUGUGGUUCAAAAAUCGGAUACGCACUGUCGCCUCCAUAGGAGACCCGGUAUAAAUAGCAUAUUGUGCUUGAGUUGUGCACUUGCUAAUACAAAGUGUUUAAUAUUACUUUUU